AUGAUGAUGGGUGUUUCUACUCCACCACCACCUCCUUCGCAAGUAAACUCUCAACCACCUCCUCCAAGUACGAUGAACAACGGCCAUAGUAAUAUUCCUAGUUAUUCGGCUCAUCCCUAUUCCUACACGGGAUCAAGCAAUAGUAACUACUCUUCUUAUCAUCAUCCGGGCUACCAUUAUUAUGGUCAUCAUCAUCAGAAUCAAGCACCACCUCCUCACCACAUGAAUCACCACUUUAUGCCUCCACCUUCCAUACCUCCUUCUCACCAACAACAUCAUCCGUAUGUGGCUGGUCAUGAACAUGGUGCAGCAACACACCAACAGCAUUUACCACCCACUCAACAACCACACGCCAUGAUGAUGAAUAAUAAUACUCCGCAGCAGCCAACCAUGUCGUAUCAACAAUCAUCUUUGCAUCAUAAUCAACAACAGAAGGGAUCUUCUUCACCUUCUACCUCAUCCGAUUCAACAACCUCUUCCUCAUCGUCUGGAGAUGCAACACCAACGAUGGGUAGUCGUUCCAAUUUAGCCUCGCAACACCAACGUUCUAGUAGCGAUAACACCACACAUAGUAACAAAACAAACAAGUCGCAACAGCACAAUGCAGACAUGACCUCAGACAUGAUGUCAUCAGCAGCUACACCUUCUGGACCUUACUCUCCAACAAACACGACCUUUUCAGAGUCAGUAGCAACACCUGCAGUUGAUGAUACUCAGGGAGGUCAACUUGCUCAAAUUGCCUGUACAAAUUGCAGAUCUAGACACAAGAAGUGUACUCGUGAGCUUCCUGUUUGUACAUACUGUAAAAAGAUGGGCAAGCCAUGCAUCUAUUUGAAGAGUAGAAAGGGUCAGGAUCAACAAAAUAGAAAAAAGAGAAAGAAGAAGAAGGACGCUUCGAAUGAGGAUCCUGCUUCGAAUUCCACAACAUUGCAACAAGGGACUGCUGACAAUUUUGCUAUACCAACCAUCACAUCGACCAGUAGUAAUGCAUCAGUAAUGGUUCCACAACAGCCGCAUCAGCCACCAUCGAAUCCGUCUACGAGUAUGGCGCCACCUUCUUCAGUAACAACGACAGUUAUGGCAUCUGGUACUUCGGGUUUGGCACCUCCACCUAUUGUAACAUCAUCAAGUAACAACGCCUCCACAACACCGCACAGUGUUGUUGCAAAUUCAUCCUCAUCGAAUUCUUCAACCUAUAACGACAUGCAUUCUCCACUUCCUUCUUCUGCACAUGGUUCUUCUCCUCUUUUAACACAUCACUAUAAUCCAAUGGCAUAUUCUGAGAGAGACGUUCAAGAUCCUACUUCUAUCUCAAUGGUAUUUUCAUCAUUUAUUCACUCCAUGAAUUUUAAAAUUACAGCACAUAAAUUACUGGACUUGUAUUAUAAGGAGUUAUGUGCUGGAUUUGCUCUAGUUGAUAAGGGGCUUAUGGAAGGGCUCAUUGAUCAAUUGAUGGGCAAUGACGGCUCUUCGAAUAACUCUACCAUGAUUUUGAACCACAUUCAAUUAGAUUCUGUGACUCAGGACGGUCUCAUUUCCAUUCUUUACUCCAUUCAAGCAUUGGCACUUCAGCAAAGUGGUGAAUAUGUGCUCAAGGGAGAUUACAGACAACGAUUAAUGGAAUUUUUACAUAACGCUGCGAAAGAAAAAAUUUCAAAAUACUUUGACAACAUGGACAAUAUCUAUGUUGCUGUAGCAUUGCACUAUUUAUCCGACUAUUUAUGCGGUGAAGGAGAUUUCAGAAAAACCUCACUUUAUUUGGCCAUGGUAAAACAAAUGAUUGGACUUCAUGGUUAUGGUGGACCAAACGAUCACCAAGUGGGCACGGCAUCUGCUUGCUACUCUUCUCAGGACAAUCCCUCUCUUCCCAAGUUUUUAUUAAGAAUUUUGGUACGAUAUAAGGAAACUUUUCUUUCUGACUACAUGUCCAAACAAAAUGGAGGACAAGCAAACAGUGCCUCCAUGAAAUUAUUUGGAGUGUUUGCAUCAAGAGUUAAACUUGAUACUAGUUUCUUUGACAGGGAAAAGGGCUUCAUUGGUAGUCAGUAUUUACCACAUAUCGAACACGUGGUACAAAUCGCUCACACAUAUUACAGUCUCUUAUUCGAAACCAUGUAUCAAGCACAAGGAGAUUUGUUCUGUAUUUUCUCAAAUGUUUUUAUUAGAGAAUUUUACUUGGAUUUGUACAGCAAAGUAGAAAAAGUGCCUGCAGAAAUUUUACUCUCAUUUGCGAAUGACAUUAUUUCAUAUACCAAAAUGGAAAAGUACAUAUUUGCUCCCUAUGUCAUUGCGAAUGGUAUUGCAAAGGCAGUUUCUGUUCGUUUGGAGUAUUGGAAGCACACUUAUCAUCCAAUUGAUUUCAGAGACGAUUUGCGAGCAUUGAAAGUUCUUUCAACACGUUAUGGUGUCGUUCAAAAGCUCUAUGGAGACCUUAUUAAUCAAAUUGAAAAUGCAAUUCUUUUGCAGUAUAGUAGUAACAGUUCUACAGAAAGACUGUUGACAAGCGGACUUCAAGGCGUGAAUCCUCCUCUCGUGGGAAUGCAAAACCCAAUUUCUUUUGCUUCGUCACAAUCAUCAUCCAUGACUCAAGCAACGACAGAGGCAACAUCAUCAGACGUUGCUGCUUCGUCGUCGACAACACCAACCAAUACCACCGAACCUGAACAGGAUGGAACAAGCAUUCCUUCAUUCGAUGACUCGGCUCCACUGACACCUCUACUUGAUCCUUUCAGUGCUGCUGGAAAUGCAAACAUUCUUACCAUGUUGUUUAAUGAAGUUGGAAACGAAAGGGGUGAUUCACUCACUGAAGAAUCGUACUUUAUGGAUGAGCAACAUUCUGAAUCAGUGGCACAAGAGAGAGAUCACAAUCCAUUCAUUAAGGGAUAUCAUCUUGUCAAGAUGAUGAUUAAGCAACUUUCUCGACUGAAAGAUGCUCUGCAUAUUCCAGAAACCAAAGUUAGAGAGGAAUCACUUAAAAAGGCCAAGUCUGAGCUCAUUGAAGAACUCAGCAAAGCUCUACCAAAUGAUGUUGAGGCAAAGUUUAUUUUAGAGUUGACCAAACAUCAACAUCCCCAACAAAUCCAUCCUUGCCAAUAUUCUCACUUGGCUCUGUUGUUCGAGUAG